GCCCAUUCAUGAAAAUUCAGAGAAAUGCUAGCUCAGAUAAUCUGGUAUUCUGCAUGAAAAGUGGGAUGAGCAGAAUCAAGUACAAGCCAGCGGACUACCAACAGUUACGUGCGUUAACCGAAGCCAAGAAAUUAGCUUCUGCUUCUUUAGAGCAAAAGAUCAGAAAAGCGGUGAGCACUUCAAAAAUAUCUAAAGAACAAACACUAAUGAAACAACACAAGCGAGUGUGGUGGCAGGAAUACCGGCGGCUGAAUGAACUCCGGUUGGCUUUGUGAAAAAACAGUUGAGAGCUGUCUUUGAAAGCCUCAGCCGGGAGCAACAGAACAUAGAGAAUGAUCUUUCAGGCUGGAGUGUGAAAAUAAUCAGUUAUUCUUUAGAAGAAAAAACUAACUUACUUAGUGAACUGCCUGCAGAAUUAGAAACUUUAGAAUGCCCAUACCCUGAACUGAAAUCUUCAAUCCUUACUGAGUUCUGCAACUUUACAGAGAAAUAUCAGAAGAAACUUAGUGAUUUUGAUCUGCAGUUGGAAGACAUAUACAGAAACAUUCACCUAAGUGAAGAAGAUCACUGGAUUUACCAGGCUGUUUUAGAUCAAUAUCCUGGAGAUCUCACUGGCAGAAGAACUCUGUAUCUGGACAUGCUGCAAAGAUAUUUUCCUCACAAAUCUAGGCAUGACUUGGUAGAACAUGAGAAAUACUGUGACCAAUAUCACUUUGCUAGGGAGCAGCGAAGAAUUUUGAUAAAAAAUUGGAGUAAGAAUAGGAAAGACUUUAUACAGAAAGCAGUGUUGACCCUCCUUGAGGCCUCUGCCACUUAUAACAUGGAAAGCACAUUGGCAAAGGACAGGAAAAAGCAACAGGAUUUGUGUGCUGAUCUGAAAGCCAAGGUUUUUCAAUGGAGAGCCCACCAGGAAGAGGUAGCAAGACUGGAAAUGGAAAUUUCUGCCAGAAGAAGAGAAAAGGAAGAGGAGGAAGAAAAACUGUGGAGGAAGAAGGAAUUGUUGAAAAGGGAGGAAAAGAAAAAACAAGUAUGCAAUCUUCUGUUGAUGUGAAUGCAUGAAUGAACACUUAAUUGUCUAAUGGAGCUUUAGCUCUUCUUGGUAUUUGGCAUGGAAUUCUCGUAGCCUGUGCUGAGAACACUCAUGAGCCUCGUGGAGUCUUGCUUUAGUUUAUUUGAACUUCAAAGAUUUUUAGUCAUGGUAGAGAACAUUUUGUUGACCUGAGGGUACCUGUGGUUAGAACAGAUGAUGUAGGGGGAAAAAAAGACAAAGGUUGUGACUAUUCUUAAGUCUUGAACUAGGGUGAGACCUGGAAAAGCUUUCAGGGUAGAAGGACAGCAUUUUGACUGAUGGUAAUGAUUGAUAGAAAUGAUUGUUAGAAAUGUAUUUAUUGAUAGAAUAUAUUGUACAUAAAAUAGUGAAAUUCAUAGAAGGCCAAAAAGCCCUUUAAAGAGUUUACUUCAUGAUUUCUUGUUAGAUGGUUUUGUUUUUCCUUUAUUCUUUUGAGCAGAUAUUUGUUUCACAGUCUUAAAAAUAUUCACCAAAAAAACAUGUUAACAACUUUGGAAUGAUUACUGAUAUAAUCUAUAGAAUACAGAAUAUAUACUUUAGUAUUUAUUUUAGCAUUUUUAUUUGUUCCCACAAUUAAAAUUAUAGAAUGUGCAGUAAAGAUACUUCUGUUAACAUUUUUAUCAGAUUUAUGAAUCAAUUUCAUAGAGUUGCUGCCUAUGGAAAUAAUUCACAAAAGGGAAUUAAUUUGUGAUCAACACCCCUUACAAAAAAAGAAAUCAGCACACCUAUACCUUUCUACCAAUAGCACAAAGCAGUACCCAGAAAAUUUGCCUUUACUUGUAAUAGCAAGACUUUUAGAACUUUCAGUAGUAAUAAGCAGCCCACUGUGUCCCAUAAACCAUAGGUUCACCACUGCUGGUCUAUACUGAGCUACAUGAUGCUUUCUUGAAAUGCUACUUACAGUACCAAGAACGCUUGAUUCUUAUUGUUGAGCAGACAUUUCAUUUUUGUGAAUAAGGUUGACAUUUUGGACUAUGUGACCAGUGAAAUCUGUGAAGUUCUUGCCUAGAAGUUUUUCCUUCCAAGUUCAUUAUGUGGGGGAUAAGGGAAGGAUGAAUUUUAAAGUGCUAAGUCAGACUUUCUGUAAUUUUUAAUACUUUAGUUUUCAUUGUUCUUUAUUUGUUUCAUUCCUUUACAUCAGCAAAGUUGUAGAUGCAGCUUUUGUGGAAAACAACACACAUAGGAAUUCUAUGAUUAUUUGACAAAAUCAGCUGCUAAGAUGUAUUUCAUAGUUCUUACACUUUUGAUUAAAAAUAAAUUCAAUUUCCACUUCUAAGGAAGUAAGUGGGGGUGACUUCAUUAGGUUCCUAUCAAGAAAGUUGAUGAUUAAAAAGAAUAAUUGCAGGUACGUCAGGAACUGAUAAAUAUUGAUCAUGUUUUAAACAACAUAAGUGAACUGUAUAUCUUUGUGGAAACAACUUACUGAUUAUUUACUGUUGUGAAAGUACAGUAUUUGAAAAGUAAAUUUCCAGCUGAGGAUAUAGCUCAGUGGCAUAAGCACCUGCCUGGCAAGCCCAAGGUCCUGAGUUCAAUUCCUGCUACAAAAAAAAAAAAAAGAAAAGUAAAUUUCCAUAGUUUUGUCUUCUACCUGACCCCUCUCAUAGUAUUUCCUUUCUAUCAAUUUGUAUGACCACAAAUAAUGUCAUAUUUUUAAGCAUUAGUUUACAUGUUGUGUCAUUUUAAGGGUCACCUGAAGAGAUUUAGAUACAGUUCCAUUUUCAGGGGGUUUAGACAGAGAAAAUACAAAAAUUGAAUAAUUCAAGUAUUGAGAAUGGGAGUAAGGGCUUGAUUUUCAAACAGCAAACAGAAACAUUAAAAUGAUACCCAAAAUUUGGAGUCAGAUUUAUGUAUAUUGAUGAGCACUGAUGGGAUCAUUGCUAAAAUAUCAGGCUCUGAUCUCUGGUGGUCUAGGGGUUAGGUGAGAUAAGCA